UCACAAAUCACAAUUGUCACUAGUUGAAGUUGUCAUUGUUGUCAAUCUUGGCUAUGAGUUUGUUGAUUACUGAUGUGAUUCGAUAUUUUUUGUUUAUUUCCGUGAUGUUUUCAAAUAAUAAUAGAUAAUAAUGUUGAAUAAGAUGCCUCAUUUCCGUAGGAAGAAAAGCGGGAAAAGUUUUCCAGUUAAAGUGUGCACAUUAGACGCUGAACUAGAAUUCAACCUAGAAUGGAGAGCAACAGGCAGAGACCUCUUCGAACUAGUCUGUCGGACAACGGGUAUCAGAGAAACAUGGUAUUUUGGCCUACAAUAUGAAGAUUCUAAGGGUUUUAUUUCAUGGCUCAAAUUGGAUAAAAAAGUGCAAGACCAAAGUAUCCAAAAAGACCAACACAGUACCGCCUCUUUUAUGUUUCUUGCUAAGUUUUAUCCAGAAGAAGUUGCAGAAGAACUUGUUCAAGAAGUUACACAACAUCUAUUAUUUUUACAAGUGAAACAAGCAAUUUUAUCGAUGGAUGUUUACUGUCCUCCAGAAGCUUCAGUUCUUCUGGCCAGUUAUGCAGUACAAGCCAAAUUUGGUGACUUUGAUGAAGAUACUUACAAACCAGGCAUGCUAGCAAGUGAAGAUCUGCUUCCUCAAAGGGUAAUAGACCAGUAUCAAAUGACUUCAGCUAUGUGGGAGGAUAAAAUCAAAGUAUGGUAUGCAGAUCAUAGGGGGAUGUCUCGAGAUGAGGCUGAAAUGGAGUACUUGAAGAUAGCUCAAGACUUAGACAUGUAUGGUGUAAACUAUUUCCCUAUAACAAAUAAAAAAGAAACAGAGCUAUGGUUAGGAGUGACUGCUUUAGGGUUAAACAUAUACGAGAAAGAGAAUAAGUUACAGCCGAAGACGACAUUCACUUGGGCUGAAAUCAGGCAUAUCAGUUUUGACGACAAGAAAUUCAUGAUCAAACCUGUAGAUAAAAGCUCUCCAAAUUUCAUUUUCUUCAGUCAGAAAGUACGCAUGAAUAAAUUGAUUUUGGAUUUAUGCAUGGGCAACCAUGAUCUUUUCAUGAGAAGGCGGAAGCCUGAUUCAAUGGAACUUCAACAAAUGAAGGCUGCAGCUAAGGAAGAAAAACAGAGGAGGCAGGAACAGAGAAAUCGUUUAGCACGAGAGAAAAAACUAAGAGAGGAAGCAGAAAAAGAGAGGGCUGCAUUAGAACAGCGAUUGCUGCAGUAUCAAAAAGAAAUAUCUUCAGCGAAUGAAGCUCUUAGGAGAUCAGAGGAAAGUGCUGAUCUCCUAGCAGAAAAGAGUCGCAUAGCUGUCGAAGAAGCCAUAUUGUUAAGCCAAAAAGCCGCAGAAGCGGAGCAAGAAAUAGCAUUAUUAAGACUGACUGCUAUGCAGAGAGAUGAAGAGAAGGUUACCUUAGAGCGUAAAACCAGGGAGGCUGAGAUGCUAACUGCUAGACUCGUUGAAGAAUCUGAAAGACGAGCAUCUGAAGCCAACAAACUUAAGGAAGAAUUGAUAAGAGCAAGAGAGGCUGAAAAACAAGCAAAAGAGAAACUUCUCGAAUUUCUAAGUAGAAAUGCGUUCACAGGGUCAAGCAAUAAAGUGGGAUCUAUAUCAUCAUCUUUAAACACCUUAUAUGCACCACCAUUGAGUCCUCCUCUCACUCCAGAUCUCAAUCUGCUGGAUCACGACAGUUCACCAUUGCUUAAUUUGAGCUUGAACUCUUAUGAUCUUCUGCAAAAUGCAGAUGCUGAUCAGUUAUCUCUUGAGAUUGAGAAAGAAAGAGUUGACUAUUUAGAAAAGUCAAAGCAUCUGCAGAACCAAUUAAGGGAACUUCGUUCAGAGAUUGCAGUAUUGAAAGUUGGGGACAAGCAAACUGAUUUUGAUCAGUUACAUGAUGAGCAAAUCAAAUUAGGGGAGAACAAAUACUCCACAUUAAAAAAAAGCAAAUCUGGUUCAACUAAAUCACGAGUGGCCUUCUUUGAAGAAUUAUAAUAGCCUAUUAUUAUUAUUAAAGAUAAUUAUUUUUAAGAAUCAACAUAAAUAUAUAUUUAUACAAACA